AUGAUGUUCCCCGGCCUCCUCGCGCCCCCCGCAGGGUACCCCAGCCUCCUGCGUCCCACGCCCACCUUAACGCUGCCCCAGUCCUUACAGUCGGCAUUUUCCGGCCAUUCGAGCUUCCUGGUGGAGGAUCUGAUCCGCAUCAGCCGGCCCCCUGCCUACCUGCCCCGCAGCGUGCCCACAGCAAGCAUGUCGCCCCCUAGACAGGGGGCCCCCGCGGCACUCACCGACACCGGAUCCUCGGACCUGAGCUCCUCGGGUCAGGGCAGCCGGCGGGGCGGCUCGCCGCAGACCGCCGUCUCCCCUGCCAGCGAACCCACGUUUCUGAAGUUUGGGGUGAACGCCAUCCUCUCCUCAGCGCCCAGAACCGAAACAUCCCCCGCCUUGCUCCAGAGCCUGCCUCCCAAGACCUUCGCUUUUCCCUACUUUGAAGCCUCCUUCCAGCCUUUCAUCAGAUCUUCUUAUUUCCCAGCGUCCUCCAGCGUCGUGCCCAUCCCCGGGACCUUCUCCUGGCCGCUGGCCGCCCGCGGCAAGCCUCGACGGGGCAUGCUGCGUCGAGCCGUGUUCUCCGACGUGCAGCGAAAGGCGCUGGAGAAGAUGUUCCAGAAGCAGAAGUACAUCAGCAAGCCCGACCGCAAGAAGCUGGCGGCCAAGUUGGGCUUGAAAGACUCACAAGUCAAAAUCUGGUUCCAGAACCGACGCAUGAAGUGGCGGAACUCCAAGGAGCGUGAGCUCCUGUCUAGCGGGGGCUGCCGUGAGCAGACCCUUCCCACCAAACUCAAUCCGCACCCGGACCUCAGCGACGUGGGCGAGAAAGGCGCUGGCGAUGAAGAGGAGGCAGACGAGGGAAGGGGUAGCCCCCGCCCCCGCCUGGCCUAUCACGUGUCCCCUGACCCUCGGCACCGGCGGCACCCCAGGCUCGAAGGGCCGCUGCCCGCCUCCCCCGCGCACUCGAGCAGCCCGGGUAAACCUUCGGACUUCUCCGACUCCGAGGAGGAGGCGGGGGGCGAGGAGGAGGAAAUCACCGUGUCUUAG